AUGAACCAGCAGUCGCCAUCUGCCCCGAUUCCUACACAGACAUACACAAAUCAACACUUUGUGCAAAUUCCUGGAGCACGAGUACCAGAGCCCACGCCUAUACCAAUGCCCCCUCAGCCACACUUUCCUCCCCAUCCUGAACACGUUGCGUAUCCGGGCGUUCCUAUUCCUGCUCCUAUCCCACCCCAACAACCACCUCCACAUCCGCAGACGGUACCUCAACCACAAUUGCAACCCAUCCCACAACCAAUUAUACAACCAGUUGUGGUUGAACAAGAACCAGUGCAGGUUGAAGAGCAAAAAGCCCCUACACCAGUUGAAGAUAAAAAUGAAGAUGAAUGGCAAGAAAGCCAAAGUCCCAAACAGGAAGAUAGCAAUGACCGCAGGACUCAAGGUCAAGGAGAUGGUCAAAACAGGUUCAGUUGA